AUGCGAUGUACCAAUCGUAUAGCCCGCACUCGCAGGACCUGGUGCCCGCCUUUAAAGCACUGCCGGCCACGUUACAAACAUGACGCGCCACCAAACCCUGACGACAAGGUCCCAGCUCUUGAUCCUCGACUCUCAGAUCUAGGCGUCACUAUCAAGGACGACUUUGCCAUUCUGCGCGAGAAGUAUGACGCGCCCAAGUAUCCUAUUGUGCUCGCCCAUGGUCUGCUUGGGUUCGAUGAGCUGCGUCUAGCCGGCAAGUGGCUCCCGGGCGUCCACUACUGGCGUGGCAUCAGAGAAGCGUUGCAGCAGGCAGGCGUAGAGGUCAUUACUACAUCUGUGCCAACGACUGGCUCGAUAAGUGAGCGUGCAGAGGCUCUACAUGAACAGGUUCGUGACAAAGCCCAGGGGAGAGACGUCAACAUCGUGGCGCACAGCAUGGGUGGGCUCGAUGCUCGAUGGAUGAUCAGUCGCAUUCAACCUCCCGAGUUCAAGGUCAAAUCCUUAACUACCAUCGCCACACCACAUCGAGGAAGCUCUGCGGCGGAUAUGCUCUUUAGGGACAUCGGGGCGGACAACAUCAAUCAGCUCUACAAGAUCCUCGCUCGUCUCAAAGUGGACACCGGAGCUUUCUCACAGCUUACACGACGCUACAUGGGAGAUGUCUUCAACCCGGUUACACCCAAUGAUCCUCAGGUUCGAUACUUCUCUUACGGCGCCGCCGCGCAACCGCAUAUAUUGUCCGUUUUCCGCCUGUCACACGACUUGAUGGAAGUGAUCGAAGGGCCCAAUGAUGGACUGGUGUCAGUGGCCAGCAGUCGAUGGGGUGAGUAUAAGGGCACGCUGUUGGGAGUUACGCAUCUUGAUCUGAUUAAUUGGACCAACCGGUUCAAGCGGCUGGCGGCGAGGAUGUCGCUGGUGACGCAGGACUUCAACGCUGUUGCAUUUUAUCUUGCCAUAGCGGAUACGCUGGCCAAAGAGGGGCUCUGA